AAGAAACGGGACCCGGGACAGACAGAGGGGUCGGGGAUUCCUGUCUUGGGAGGAGAGAGGCAGGAUCCGAGCGCCGGUGCGGGAGGAGGGAGCACUCGAUCUGUGGAUCCGCUGUCGUGAGUUAGUUAAUCGGUGUUCCGUUACUGGGAGACGGUGCACCCUGAGACACUACUUAUCUGUAUAAAGGCAGGACAGAGUCUGUCAAGUCGGAACGAUGACCACAGACCGAUUGGAAGGGUACCGAGCAAGAAUCCAGGCAGAACUGGACCAAGUGGUGGCGUACUGGCUGAAACAUUCCCACGACAAAGUCUACGGUGGGUUUUUCACAUGCCUUGCAAAGGAUGGAAAGAUUUAUGACGAGCUGAAGUACGUUUGGCUGCAGGGUAGACAGGUAUGGAUGUACUGUCGCCUGUACAGAACAAUGGACCGGUUUCACUUGCCUGAGAUUCUGGAAGCUGCUAAAUCAGGUGGGGAGUUCCUUCGGCGUUUUGCAUGGGUGCCCUCUGCUGGCAGCACAGGGAAGUGUGCCUUCUGCCUGACCCGAGAUGGACAGCCAGUGAAGGUGCAGAGGACCAUAUUCAGCGAGUGCUUUUAUGUCAUGGCGAUGGACGAGCUAUCCAGAGUUACUGGGGAUGAGGAGAUGCAGGCACAUGCCGAAAGCGUGAUGGACCAGUUGGUGCACUGGGUCCGUGUGGACCCAUCGGGCCUGGGCCAGCCCCAGCUCUCUGGCGACCGGCCUGUCAACAGCAUGGCCGUACCCAUGAUGCUCCUGUGCCUGGUGGAGCAGCUCGGCGAGGGCAGGCCAGGCGUGGCUGAGAAGUACAGUGAAGUUGGUUCCUGGUGCGUCCAGCAGAUCCUCCAGCACGUUCAGAGAGAUGGGAAUGCCAUUCUGGAGAAUGUUUCCACAGAUGGGAAGGAGCUGCCUGGUUGCCAGGGGCGACUGCAGAACCCAGGCCACGCCCUGGAAGCCGGCUGGUUCCUUCUCCAAUAUGCUGCUGGCCGAGGAGACCAGGAGCUGAAGAAGGUGGCGGUGGACAAGUUUCUGGAGUUGUCGUUCAAGGCUGGCUGGGAUCCUGAACAUGGAGGCCUGUUAUACUUCCUGGAUGCAGAUGGACACUGUCCCACACAGCUGGAGUGGAGCAUGAAACUGUGGUGGCCGCACUGCGAGGCACUUGUUGCCUUCCUGAUGGCCUACAGCCAGACCAAGGAGCCAGGCCUGCUGGACAGGUUCACACAGGUGUACGACUACACCUUCAGCCAUUUUCCUGAUGCAGAGCAUGGAGAGUGGUUUGGGUAUUUGGACCGACGUGGAUCAGUGGAGCUGAAUUUCAAAGGAGGCCCAUUUAAAGGGUUUUUCCACGUCCCACGAUGCCUGUUUCUUUGUGAGAAGUUGCUGGACGCUCUCCUUGCUGAGACCCGCAGCUCAUGAAACCGCACUGACACACUAAGGUGUCACCAGCUCCACUCCGGUGUCCCUCUGCGGUGUGCGGCUGACAGAAAGAGCGUGUUAGAGCCCCUCACAUGAAAGUGCUGUGCUGAGCAUGGCUGUUCUGCAACACACAUCAAAGGGUGACAGGAAAUGGCUUGAAAUACCUGCCUGGGUAUUUUUAUUGUCACAUGAUUUUUUUUUUUCAUUUCAAGUUUUGCAAUGUGAAAACUAACCUGUCGAUCCAAGUAUUUGCAUCUCUGUAUUUUGGGUAAACAUAUAACAACCUAUAAAAUCAUGGCAUUUCAUUUAGCAGCUUUCUAAAAUUACUACCUCGGUAAAAAUAAAGGUUUGAAUCUGUC